UCCACACCGCGCAUGCGCACUGGCCUCCCGGGCCCUCACUCCUUCAUCCUCGCUCUCGCCGCCGCCGCUGCGUCUCCACUCCGACGUUUCGCGCCAUGACCGAGCAGUCGGCCCUGCUGCUGAGGCGGCAGCUUGCGGAGCUGAACCGGAACCCAGUGGAAGGCUUCUCAGCGGGACUGAUUGAGGAUGAAGACAUUUACCACUGGGAGGUGGUGAUCAUCGGGUCUCAAGACACCAUCUACGAGGGAGGGGUGUUCAAGGCCCACCUCACCUUCCCCAGGGACUAUCCCCUGAGGCCGCCCAAGUUGAGGUUCAUCACCGACAUCUGGCACCCAAAUGUGGACAAGAGUGGGGAGGUCUGCAUCUCCAUCCUGCACGAGCCGGGCGAGGAUCGCUUCGGCUACGAGCAGCCGGGCGAGCGAUGGCUUCCCAUCCACACGGUGGAGACCAUACUCAUCUCGGUCAUCUCCAUGCUCGCAGACCCCAACGGAGACUCCCCCGCCAACGUGGACGCUGCCAAGGAGUGGAGGGAUGACCCCAACGGGGAGUUCAAGCGGAAAGUGACGCGGUGUGUGAGGAGGAGUCAGGAGACGGCCUUCGAAUAGCUCGCCCACUCGCUCGCCCACUCGCUCACCCACACGCUCACUCACACGCUCACCUACUCACCCACACGCUCACCCACACGCUCACCCACUCACCCACACGCUCACCCACUCACCCACACGCUCACCCACACGCUCAUCCACUCACCCACAUGCUCACCCACAUGCUCACCCACACGCUCACUCACACGCUCACCUACUCACCCACACGCUCACCCACACGCUCACCCACCCACUCACCCACACGCUCACCCACUCACCCACACGCUCACCCACACGCUCACCCACCCACUCACCCACUCACCCACCCACUCACCCACUCAGCCACCCACUCACUCACUCACCCACCCACUCACCCGCUCACCCAUCCACUCACCCACACACUCACCCACACACACACUCACCCACCCACUCACUCACCCACUCACCCACCCACUCACUCACACACUCACACACUCACCCACUCACCCACCCACUCACUCACCCACUCACUCACCCACCCACUCACAAACCCACUCACCCACCCACUCACCCACCCAUUCACCCACCCACUCACCCACCCACUCACUCACACACUCACUCACCCACCCACUCAGUCAACCACUCACCCACCCACUCACCCACACACUCACCCACCCACCCACUCACCCACCCCAC